UUGCAAUAAUCUUUCUAUUCAACAAAACAAUAUAAACCAACAGCGUCGCUUCAAGAUCUAUCCAGCUAGCCUACCGUUUAAGCCCCAACUCAAAAUGCAGUUCUCUAAGCUCCUUAAUGUUGUAGCCUGCCUCGCUACUACUGCGCUGGCUGGCUCCGAAACGGAAGCACCUACUGAGCUUCUUGAUAAUGGUCCUCAGGUGCUUGCAUGCAACCAUGUCAAUUUUCAAGAUUGCUGGCCGCGUAUCAACGUCAACAUCAAUACUUGCCAGGACGUCCCUGCAAGCAUGAGCAACAAGAUAUCAUCAAUUCAACCCAAUGCUGCAGCUGGUGCAUGCCGUUUCUUCAAUAAUCGGGGCUGCGAAGGUCCUUCUUUUAUUGCCGCAUUUCCUUGUAUUAACAGUCUUCCCGCCCAUUAUCCUGGUUUUAACGACAACAUUCAAUCCUUUGAAUGUUUCCAUUAAACCUUCAUUCUAAUUUUAUUCCACUUAGUAGGAAUAAUCUUGGAACGGAGGAUAGACAUAUCUUCAGACCUGCAUCAAUCAAGGAAUGGAACAUUUGGUCAAGUGGUUUCUCGUCCACCUCAGCUCACAACCCAGACAAACCAAACCAAUCCAUAUGCAGCUAGAUAUUUAGGUUUACUUCUCUACGCUCAUUUAGAUAUUUUAAUUUUACACUGUGAACUUUUG